AUGGAGGGGGCUGUGAUAAGGGAGGGGAGGUCUCUCGCCGAUACACCAACGUGGUCGGUCGCAACAGUCACUACUGUUAUGGUUUUCGUCUGCCUUCUGGUCGAACGAUCCAUCUAUCGAUUCGGAAAGUGGUUGAAGAGGACUAGGAGGAAGGCUCUGUUUGCUUCUUUGGAGAAGAUUAAGGAAGAGCUAAUGUUGCUUGGGCUUAUAUCAUUGUUGUUGGGGCAAUGGGCAAGGUCUAUUUCUCAGAUUUGUGUGAAUUCAUCUCUUUUCAGUACUCGGUUCUAUGUUUGUUCUGAGAAUGAUUAUGGCAUUGAAGAGAAUAUGUCAUUCAUAAAAUCUCUGUCAUCUCCAAACGAGACUGUUAUUCCUCCAAGAGGAAUUAACAAUCCUUCAUCUAAUCAUUGUGAUGAGGGGCGCGAACCUUUUGUUUCGAAAGAAGGUCUUGAACAGCUUCACCAGUUUUUGUUUGUUCUCGGUAUCACUCAUGUUUUGUAUAGUUGUGUUGCAGUUGCGUUAGCUAUGACUAAGAUUUACAGCUGGAGGAAAUGGGAAAACCAAGCAAGCCUAGUACCUGAUGGGAAUUUGCAAGGAAAGAUGAACAAGGUGAUGAGGCGACAAUCCACCUUUGUUUUACAUCACACAUCUCAUCCAUGGAGCAGGAGCCGUAUUCUCAUUUGGAUGCUUUGCUUUCUUCGACAAUUCAAGAGUUCAAUACAGAAGUCAGAUUACUUGGCUCUCCGAUUAGGUUUCAUCACCAAUCACAAACUGCCACAUUCUUAUAAUUUUCAUAAAUAUAUGGUGCGGAGCAUGGAAGAUGAAUUUUAUGGCAUUGUGGGGAUCAGUUGGCCACUAUGGGGUUAUGCCAUACUAUGCAUCUUCAUAAAUAUUAAUGGUCUUAAUAUUUACUUCUGGCUUUCUUUUAUCCCUGCCAUUCUUGUCAUGUUGGUCGGAACAAAACUCCAGCAUGUUGUCUCCUUGUUAGCACUUGAGAUUGUGGAGCCAAAGGAGACAUCAAUUGGAACUCAAGUGAAGCCACGUGAUGAUCUCUUUUGGUUUGGAAAACCAGAAAUAUUGUUAUGGUUAAUUCAAUUUAUAUCAUUUCAGAAUUCCUUUGAGAUGGCAACAUUUAUAUGGUCCUUGUGGGGAUUCAAGCAGCGAUCGUGUUUCAUGAAAAACCAUGUAAUGAUAGUCAUUCGGUUGACUUCUGGGGUUCUUGUGCAAUUCUGGUGUAGCUACAGCACAGUACCUCUGAAUGUAAUUAUUACACAGAUGGGAUCUCGAUGUAAGAAAGCCUUGAUUGCUGAGAGUGUCCGGGAUUCACUGCAUAGUUGGUGCAAGAGAGUGAAGGAGAGGUCCAAACGCGAUGCAUUGCAUUCAGUUACCACAAGGUCUACAUGCUCGCUUGAUUUUACAAUCAACGAGGACGACGAAAUCAUCACAGUUGCCUCCAAUACUGUAUCCCGGUGCUCAUCUGCAAUGUCACUGGAUCAAGUCGAGCUAAAUGAGACAUCAAUUGAACAACCGGAGACCCUCUUCGGGACUUCCAACCCACCCCAAUACGAAUAUUCCUUCCGAAUACCAGAAGACAAUGUGGAUGACACAGAAGUAGGCGAAGUCAGUACUCUUUUCGAGUUGUUUCAGAAGACAUGACAUACCCCAUUUUUCCAGGGUGAGUUGACAGUAUUCCCAAUCUAGGAUGAGAUCAUGUUUCAUUUCUGACAGGAGAUUUCUGAUUUAGCUACCAACAACACCGAACUUUUCAAGGAGCUUAUGAACUAAUGAUUUGGGUAGUUGAUACAUGAAUGAAUCGAAAGAUAGGCUAGACAAUGGUAUGAAUCUGGUUUUUUCUGGUGCUUUUUAAUUAGAGUUAGUGAUACAUAUUCCGACUCUUGGACUAAUCUGAUUAUUUUAUGUGAUGAUGUUGUUCUCUACUAAUAAAUUUUUUGAGGGAUGCAAUGUUAAAUUUUUUGAGUGGUCUCCGAGUUUUGCAAAUUAAUCUAAUUUUCUAAAUGGACACAUGAUAAGUUGUAACUCACUCACUUUUUUUUUUUUGGAAGUCAAGCAAUUACACCCUACCUUCACCACAGAGAUUCGAACAAUUCCCCCCUCCGGGCCGCGCUGCGCCAUCUUUGGGGAGGAAACAAUGAUACCGCUAGACCUUUGGUAACUUAGGACUCUUUUUGCUGUCAAUGUUCUUGUCAUUUCAUCAAUCAUUAACGAAU